UGGACAGUAAUGGCGGCCCCCAUGGAGGCAGCAGCCGGCAUGAACCUGAGCAACAUGAGCAACAUGCUGCAGUUUAUGAAACUUAUCGGACAACUCAAAAGAGUCCCACGGACCGGCUGGGUGUACAGGGAGGUGAAGAAACCCGAGAGCGUAUCAGACCACAUGUACCGCAUGGCCAUGAUGUCUCUGACCAUCACUGACCCCACAGUGGACAAGGACAGGUGUAUAAAGCUGGCUUUGGUUCACGACAUGGCAGAGUGCAUUGUGGGAGAUAUCGCUCCCCCAGACAACGUCAGUAAAGCAGAGAAGCACAGGAGAGAAGAGGAAGCGAUGAGACAUCUGUCCGGUCUCCUGCCAGAGGGUCUCAAGCAGGAGAUGUUUGGGCUGUGGGAGGAGUAUGAAACUCAGAGCAGUGCCGAGGCCAGGCUGGUGAAACAGUUCGACCUCCUGGAGAUGAUCCUGCAGGCUCACGAGUACGAAGAGCUGGAGGGAGCGCCGGGGAGACUCCAGGAGUUCUUCGACUCCACCAGCGGCCGUUUCCACCACCCAGACGUGCUCCAGCUCGUCAGCUCUUUGAAUGAAGAGAGAGGCCGUCACAUGAACAAAACCAAUGCCACAAAGAACUCUGGGAACUCUGAGCCCUCUGGUGGCGUAUCUGCACGGCCACACUCACCUCCACACAACUCCUGACCGUAACACAAAAAAGCACAGACUCAUCCCUGGUGGACGGACAGAGAUAAUACACACACAACUAUGUCACGUGACCAGAUUCGUGAGCGGAGGUGGGACACUGAAUUUUGGGAAUUUCUUUUUACCUCAGUGUUAGAUCCAUGCUGUCCUGGAUUCUGUAUUGUUCAUUUUCUAUAGUAAAUCUAUUCUUAUGAUUACCAAUACAAAUACCACCAGAUAAUAUUUGAAUACAAUAUGAUUCAAUGUUUCAUAUAUUGUACAGAGAGAAAUUACUUGACAAUACCAACACUUUCUUAACAGGUUGACAUGUUAAUAAACGUAUAUAAUCUGGCAGAUAUUACAUAACAAUUAAUAGUGCUCAUCUAUUUUCUGCUGCAGUCACACUGUGCAGUACGCAGGGUCCGACAUGUUGCUAUUUUGGCAUUUUGCUUUUAUUGACAGGACGGUUAGUUUGAAUUUGGGAGAGGGAAUCGAACCCACGACCUCUGCAGGAGGACACAUGCUUAUGUUUGCUUUGUUGUUUUUCUCAGUUUUUUCUGCAGCUUCAGUCACAGUUCUUUGUUUUAAAACAGUCACACGUCAUGUUUGGUUUAAGUGAUUUUUAUUUUCAGACAUAAAAACAGUUAUUUAACACAGUGUGUAAUUAAAUGUAUGAAUACAACUGAAUAUGUUAAACACAAUGUUGUUAUAUGUCAAUGUCACAGUUUAUGUCUUUGGGAGUUUUAGUACAAGCUUUUUUUUUUAAGAUCUGAGUACAAGCCAUGGUUAACAUACAAAUAUAUAACAAACUGGGUUUUGUAUUUUCAAGGAUAAUAAAUCAGAACUAACUUUUUAUUUUUCUUUCUCUAACAAGUUUCAUGGACGGACUGAAAUGAUCCAGGGCUUUUUAUCACUUUAACACAUGAAAGACAGUAUUUAUGAAAAAAGAGACAUGAUCAUAUUUAAUUUAUCUUUGGUGGUGUCAACCUUCUCAUAGUGAAGGUAGAUAUUAAACACUCUUUCAG